CGGAGCCACGAGCACCGCGGAGAGAGAGAGAGAGAGAGAGAGAGAGAGAGAGAGAGAGAGAGAGCCGGGGAGGCGGUGAGGCGGCCGCUGCGCAUCCGCUCCUCAGCCUCUCCUGUCGAAGAAACCCGGUCCUGAGCGGGGAAAAGAGAUUCAGAGACGCCGGCGUUCAACAAGAGCAAGAGGAAGACGAGCAGAGGACAGGCUCUGAAAACAGCCGAGGAGAAUUAAACCCAAGCUGAGGAAUUACUACCACCACCAGACUCACUUCAGACUGUGUGGAUUUUCUUGGCUGUUACUGUUUUUUUUACCCUUUCUAUUUUAAGGAGUCAUUGUAACAGACAUUAAUCUUUUUUUGGCAGAACAAAGCACAGUAAUGUUUAACCUCCUCAUCUUUCUGGGACAUGAAAGACUUGGCAGUGUUUCUUCUUUCUGAACCUUUGGACCACCAAGUUUGAUAGAAACUCCUGUGGCUGAAGGGGAUUUUUUUAAAAAAACUUUGAACUUGCGCAGUCGCUUUCAUUUUCUGUUUCUGCCUUAGUUAUCUCUCCCUGUCUUUUCCUGAUAAGGUUUGGUUUCUCAUAAAAGGAGGAAGGAGGUGACUGAUAAGUUUUCUCUUCUGUCAGGAGACUGCAUAACAUUUGCAUUCCAGCUUGGCUUUCACCAGGGCACAGAUCCUCCGUUGUGUUUGUGCGACAGAGUGUGUGUUUGUGUAGCUGAGUGUCCCUCUGUGAUACAUUAACGUGUAUCAGGGGACAGUAAGCAGCCCUCUGUGUGUGUGUGUGUGUGUGUGUGUGAGUGUGUGUGUGUCUUCUGGGAAAAUGGGAUCAGAAAAGGACUCAGAGUCGCCUCAUUCCUCGGUGAGUGGCGUUCCAAACCCAAAGUGCCGUGCGGCGGGCAAACGCCAGGGCCGCAUCUCCUUCCACAGCCUCUUCCACAGUAAGCGGGGGUCCCGGGGAGGCAGGGGCCCCAAAGGAGCCGCGGCCACCCCUUUAUCGCAGCAGCACCAUCACCAACAUCACACUCAGCAGCUCCUCCCUUCUGCCUUGACCUCUGCGCCUGACCCCACGUCUGCUACGCCCACCACCACCACCACCACCACAGCCGCCACGACCCCCCAGGACGCCGCCUCCAGCACCCCCUCGAAGCCACUGUCCUCCAGCCAGCCGUCCCUGGGUGGAGCCCCUUCCUCCGGGGAGGCCAACCUCCUGGAGUGCCCCCUGUGCCUGGUGCGCCAGCCCGCCGACCAGCUCCCCGAGCUGCUGGGGUGCAGCCACCGCUCCUGCCUCUGCUGCCUGCGCCAGUACCUCCGCAUCGAGAUCACCGAGAGCCGAGUCCAGCUCAGCUGCCCCGAGUGCGCAGAAAGACUGGCCCCGCGGCAGGUGGCGGACAUCCUGGAUGACGCGGCCCUGCUGGAGAAAUAUGAGGAGUUCCUGCUGCGGAGGUGCCUGGCCUCCGACCCAGACUGCCGAUGGUGCCCAGCGCCAGACUGCGGGUUUGCAGUCAUCGCCUCGGGCUGUGCCAGCUGCCCCAGGUUGGUGUGUCGCAGAGAAGGCUGCGGCGCCGAGUUCUGCUACCACUGCAAGCAGGCCUGGCACCCGAACCAGACCUGCGACUCGGCCCGCCAGCAGAGGGCGCAGUCCCUGCACACCCACAGCAACCACUCGCCCAGUUACACGCAGGAGCAGGGGCCCGCUGAUGAUAUCAAACCGUGCCCCCGUUGCGGCGCCUACAUUAUUAAGAUGAACGACGGGAGCUGUAAUCACAUGACCUGCGCCGUGUGCGGCUGCGAGUUCUGCUGGCUCUGCAUGAAGGAGAUCUCUGACCUGCACUACCUCAGUCCAUCUGGCUGUACGUUCUGGGGGAAGAAGCCUUGGAGCAGGAAGAAGAAGAUCCUGUGGCAGCUGGGGACUCUGAUCGGAGCUCCGGUGGGCAUCACCCUCAUCGCAGGCAUCGCCGUUCCCGCCAUGGUCAUCGGCAUCCCCGUCUACGUCGGCCGCAAGAUCCACGCUCACUAUGAGCUGAAGAAAACGUCUCGUCACAGAAGGAACCUGGCCAUCACAGGGGGCGUGGCCCUGUCAAUCAUCACCGCCCCCGUCAUCGCAGCUGUCAGCGUGGGUAUCGGCGUACCCAUCAUGUUGGCGUACGUCUAUGGCGUGGUGCCCAUCUCCCUUUGCCGAGGCGGAGGCUGUGGCGUGAGCAGAGGGAAGGGGCGGGGCGUUCGGAUCGACUUUGAUGAGGAUGACGGACCAAUCACAGUGGCAGAUGCUUGGAGAGCCCUCAAGUCCCCGAGCCUGGGGGAGAGCAGUCUGGACGGAGCGGUCAGCGGGCUGAGCACCACUUCCCCCAGUGAGGGUCUCUCUGUGGCCCCUGGGAACCUGGGGGACACGCCGCACUUCAACACUCUGGCCGGUGGCGCUUUGGGAACUCGCACCGGCAAAUAUAGCAGGCUGGAGGUCCAGGCCGGUGAACUGGCUAAAGAAUCAGCCCAGAGGGAAACGGGCAGCCUGGGAGCAGGAAGUGACUGCGCCAGCACCCGAGGGAUGGCCGGAUCCAUCAUCUCCUCCUACACCCUACCUGACAGGGAGUGCACCAACCUGGAGAUCCAGGUGGACAUCGAGACCAAACCCAGCCAUCUCUGCCUGACCAGCGAAGAGGACCUAACCCCACCUCCGGGCUCUGCUGCCAUGGCGACCGCCUCAGGAGGAGAGGAGCCUCAGGACUGCAGCUCCAGGAGGGGCGGGGCUUUGUCAGGUUCGGCGUUAGGACUGUCGCCGGGAGCGUCAAUCAGGGAGGGGCUCCGAGACGUCACCCUGGCUCAACCCGAGAGCAUCCGCAGCGACCUGGAGAUGUCGGACACUCAAUCAGACGACAUCGCAGAGCUGACGUCGGACGACUGUGACUCGCCUCACCCGAAAAGCUGUCACCCGGCGGCCGGACAGCAGCCGCAGCCCCCCUCCUGCCGAGCCCUGAACCCCUCCACCGAUGGCCUUCACUGUCCCGCAGACAGCAACGUCAUCCUCUACGUCUGAGAACAGCAGCUCUCAGGAUUGCACAAAAAAAAAAAAAAAAAAAAAAAAAAACGAACCAAUCCCCCGUCAUAUACAUCUGAGCUCCCACUUCACUUCAACGCUUUUUUCUCUGUCAUUACUCGUUCGCUGCUUUUGCAAAUCACAGACACCGUCUUAAACACAGACAGCGUUUGUUGACUUUUGUCUGUCUGUCUGUCUGUCUGUCUGUCUUAUCUAUCUACCUGUCAAAUCUGUCAGGGCUCUACCUCUGAGAUUUAUAAGAUGAUUUAUGUUUACUCCUUGGUGCAAAAUGCCUUGGCUACUUAAGCAAAAAAAAAAGAAAAAGAAAUGAAAAAAAAAAACAAAAAACACAAGAGGUACAAAUUUUCCGCAAGAAAUAUUGCAGAAUUGAAAUUAUAAAAUACGGUGAAAUGUCACCAAGCACAGAAGUGGGUUUAGGAUCGAGGAGAAACAAGAGGAUGUUUAUAACAGUGUGUGAAUGGAUGUGGACUUUGUACUCAACUAUUGUGGCGUUCUUUUCCUUUUUUUCUUCUAUUUAUAUUCAGACGAUCUUGAACUCGUAUUAUUUGCUGUGUGCAUGAGUCUGCAUGAGCCAUGCCUUGUUUGGAAGGUUUUAUUGGGUAGCGGGUUUCUGUUACACUGGUGAGACUUCAAGUUUACUUAAGGAGGAAGAAGCUGCACUUAAGAGGAGGAUGUUGAUGACUGAUUAUUAGAUAGAAAACGUAUGAAUGAUGGGGUUCUGACGAUGACCAGACGACGCUGCAGGGAAACACACUGAAAAAGCCAUUAAUCCGCUCGGUUUUAGCAGAAUUUGUGGCCAGUUUAGAGUAAAAAGGUUAUUUAAGUGUUCUCCACAGAAAUACACAUCAAACAAAAGUCAUUACACAGAUAAUGCACUGUGAAAAGUUAUAUGAAGUAUUUCAUCUCAAUAAUCCACACACAAAAAAGGCCUGUAACUGUAUUUUUAAAUAAUUAACAUAUUUUUGACAGUGUUGUGGCAGAAAUUUUAAACUGGAACUGACACAAAUUAAGAUAUUCAGCUCUGGAAAAAAUUAAGAAGCUGCUCAUUUUACUGUUUAUUAAGAUUUUAGUUUAUUACAGAAACUACUGAAUAACGCAUUAUAAUUAGAGCUUUUAUCUGGAGAAAAUGGCAGAAAAACAAUCAGGAUUUUCCAACUUGAAAUAAUACAAAGGAACAAUAACAACACAUUUAAUUUAUAAAGAGUUGAUCCAUCAAUAUAUGUUGGAUUAACUCUUUUUUGCCAUUUUGCAAAUCCAUAUUUGGGUUCUUAUGUCCAAAACAUUUUUUUUUUUAUCGUUUAUGAACAUAUUAACAGGAAGUAGGUUUGUUUCAUUUUCAGAGCUGUACAGUAUCUAUAGACAGUGUCCUAAUAUAAGUUUCGUAGUGAUUGUCACCUUCCUCUGAUAGAGAAAAAACAGGAUAAAUUUACACAAAAUGAGUAUUUUAAGCGUUUAAAAUAUUUACGUGAGGCUGCAUAGGUUUAAGAACCAAAUCAACAUCAGAUUUUACUUGAAUAACUAAGGCAGUGAUUAUUAUAUUAUGUUUUACACUAAACACAAAACAACAACACGAUGUACUUAAUUAACCCUCAAAGACAUAAAGCAUCUAGUGAUAUAAAAUGGUUAAUAACUUUUGAACCACUAAUCCUAUCAAUACAUGUAAAUAAUUCAGGUAAAAUGUAGUUUCUCAGCUUUUUAGCAACACCAGAUAUGACCCAUUUAGGGGUUCAGAGGUUCCGUAGUGAACAAGAAAACCCCAUCAGCUUCUGCAACAUCGAUUGAAACCCAUGUGUAUUUUAUAAUAUUUGUUCAAACUAAAUGCUCUGUAAAUUAAAUAUAGGAAAAUGCCUGAUUUUCACUGAAAAAUGCAGAAGGUAAUACUAGAACAAACGGUUCUAAAAGUUAAGUGUAGUAUUUAAGGGGAAAGUUUUCACACAUCAGUUUUAUUUGAAAAAAUGCACUGAUUCUGUUCAUAUGCUUCAAAUUGAUUUUUCUUUGUGCAAACUCUGAACUACUUUAGACUCAUUUCUGGAGCUUUCAACCACAUCUGACUAUAUUCUCUGGUGGAUAGAGUUUGUCAUAGCUCUAUCUUUUUGCAGAGGAAAACUGUAAGAUGUGAUUAAAUGUUUUGUAAAAGUUUACAAAGUUCAGCUAUAGAGGGGUUGUUUUUUUUUGUCAAGUAGUUUAUAGUGUAUGCUUUUAAAUUAUAGUGUAUUUCUUUCUUUAGUGUUGUGGAAAACCUCUCAUUCUUGUGUGCAUUUGUGUCUAUUUAAGCUCUAAAUGUCUCCGACGGUUCAUUCUUGGCCACAUGUUCCUCUGCUGACUCAGACGGAUCUUAAAGCUCUGCUCUGAACCGCCUUUCAUCGUCAGAACUCGGUCUGUUUGCGGUUCUGGUGCCAGUCAUGUGACCGGACCAGUGUUUGACAGUUGGCUGCCUUUUAGACACCCACUGACCAACACGACACACGCCCAGAUGGUUUUUGGUUUGGUCUGAACCGACUGUCUGACCCUCUUGAACGUCGUGUGUCUGUGUCUGUUUCUUAUGUUACAGAGGGGGGGGGGGCGUCGAACUGUUUACACAGUCUCUGACGGAGACAAAAUGCUGGUCCCCAUAAGAUAACGAAUGAAAUGAGAGCGUUGAGAUGUGUUUAAAGGUUAGGGUCAAGUUUAGUUUAGACAGGUUGUGGUUUAGUUGAGAUUCGGGUAAGUGUCCAGUGAAUGAAUGUAGGUCAACGUCCUGUAAACACAUGGAAACACAACCUGUACGAGUGUGAGUCUCCUACUGUGAAUGAAUGGACUCCUGAUGAAUGUAUUUGUUUGUCCCACUUUGGUUUUUGAAUGAGCACUUGUGCACUUUAUCUCAAUGUAUCUUAUUUAUCUCUGUUUUUGUUUGUUUGUUUGUUUGUUUGUUUGUUUGUUGCUACUCAUCGUCUGUUGCUAUGAAUGAGUUUACUUCGGUUGCAUGUAAAUGUCUGUGGUACAACCAAAAUAAAUCAACUACCAGAAGGCCUUUUACGUUGGAUGUAACUAAAGAAGAGUUUGGUUCCAAAACAUCAGCCAUUUUUGGGAAUAUAUACUUGCCUUUGUCAAGUUUGUCAUUCAGUAUUUCUAAUUUACAGAGAAUCCAAUGUGUUUUAUCAAUUUUGUAACACAAAAACCACAAAGUACCCUGUCUUUUUGCGUUUUAUUUUAUUAACCUGUGUUAUUUAUCAUCUCUUUUGGAACCGAAACCUUCAAAUGUUAACGCCGAUAGACUCUUCUUAAUCAUACUCACUCGCUUGAAUUGUUCCUUAGCUUUGUAUCACCUCUGUGCUUCAGUUAAAAAAAAAAGGUUUGCACCAGGUUUUCCUCAAAUCAAGGAAUCCACACGGGAACCUUUUUCAUCUCAGAGUAGCUUUAUGGAUUUAGCUGCUUUUAUAACUUGCCAGUGCUUUGUUGGUCUGCACUUCUCACUUAUUUCUGCCUGCCUGCCUGUGAGAAAACACACGAAUGUACCACAGACAGAAACCUGAACUUCCUGAAAAGAAUGAGUGCUGACGGAAAAAAAAAAAAAAAAA